AUGGCUCAAGGAAAUAGUUAUGGGCAGAAUGCCAGUAACAACGGUAUGGCAGACGAAUCGCCGAACAUGCUGGUGUACAGAAAGAUGGAAGAUGUUAUAGCACGAAUGCAAGAGGAGAAAAAUGGGAUUCCUAUCCGCACAGUCAAAAGCUUUUUGUCAAAGAUUCCCAGUGUGUUUUCUGGUGCAGAUAUUGUCCAGUGGCUACUGAAGAAUCUGAACAUUGAAGAUCAAGUAGAAGCACUGCAUCUUGGAACACUGAUGGCAGCUCAUGGAUAUUUCUUUCCGAUCUCAGACCAUGUGCUAACAUUGAAAGAUGAUGGGACUUUCUACAGAUUUCAGACACCAUACUUUUGGCCAUCAAACUGUUGGGAGCCAGAAAACACCGACUAUGCCUCAUCUCACCUUAUUACAGUCUUGAUGCAAACAUGGACAAAAGAGUUGACCUCAAGAGGUAAGGUGAAAGUCACUGCCCUUGACAUCACGGCAGCAGUUGACCAAGAGAGCUUGGCCCGUCUACAGAGAGCAUUUGCAAGAAAGUGGGAAUUUAUCUUUAUGCAAGCAGAAGCACAAGCAAAAGUUGAUAAGAAAAGGGACAAAAUUGAAAGAAAAAUUCUUGACAGUCAGGAAAGAGCAUUCUGGGACGUGCACAGACCAGUGCCAGGCUGUGUAAAUACUACAGAAGUGGAUAUCAAGAAAUCAUCCCGAAUGAGGAAUCCUCACAAAACAAGAAAGCGGAGUCUGAUAGGGUACGCGGAGCAGUAUAUGGAAUUUGAUCCAUUUCUUAUAACUCCUGAACCUUCAAACCCAUGGAUAUCGGAUGAUAUUUCCUUCUGGGAGCUAGAAGCCAGCAAAGAACCAUACGCACAGAGAGUAAAGCGAUGGGGUUUCUGCAUUGAUGAAGUUUUAAAAGAUCUCGUAGGGAGGGAACAGUUUCUUAAGUUCGUGGAGUCUGAAUUCAGCUCUGAAAACCUACGAUUCUGGUUAGCUGUUCUGGAUCUGAAGAAAAGGCCUAUUCGUGAGGUGCCGUCACGUGUUCAAGAAAUCUGGCAAGAAUUUUUAGCCCCAGGAGCUCCCAGUGCCAUUAACGUGGACUCCAAAAGCUAUGAUAAGACCACACAAAAUGUAAAAGACCCAGGAAGAUACGCAUUUGAAGACGCUCAGGAGCACAUUUACAAACUGAUGAAAAGUGAUUCCUACCCUCGUUUCAUACGUUCCAGUGCCUACCAGGAGCUACUUCAGGCUAAAAAAAAGGGGAAGUCACUUACUUCGAAAAGGCUGACGAGUCUGGUGCAGUCUUACUGAUAUAUUCUCUUCAGCUGAUGAGCGGGCCAGUUCAAUCGUUCAAAGCUAUAAAUCACUAUUUACCCUGAACCCAGAGGACAUUGUACCAUUCUUUGCAUGAAUGAGGAUCUGAGUGAGUGAGUGAGUGAGUGAGUGUGUGUGUGUGUGUAUGUGUGUGUGUAAAAAGACAUUGCAAACAUGAAUGGAGAAG